AUGCAGUGCUACACAGAGCUAACGCCGCCGACGGCUGUCACCCACUCCCUCACACUCCAACUAAUUCCAGGCCAGGGCACGAACCUCGUGGUCGCAAAGUCGUCUCUUCUCCAGAUAUUCAGAACAAAGAUCGUAUCGACCGAGAUUGAUGCUUCUCAGCAGGGCAGCGGUGCUAGGACACGAAACGCGGGCCGAUACGAAAGCCGGUUAGCGAAUGACGACGAUGGGCUUGAGGCAUCGUUUCUGGGAGGGGACAGUCUUGCGUUCAAGACGGAUCGCACCAACAACACAAAGCUGGUGCUCGUUUCAGAGAUUUCACUGUCGGGAACCAUCACGGGGCUAGCAAAGAUAAAGUCGCAAAACCUGAGGUCAGGCGGUGAUGCACUGCUCGUGGCCUUCAAAGACGCGAGGCUCAGUCUGGUAGAGUGGGACGCCGAACGCCAUGAUCUGUCGACCGUGUCUAUCCACUAUUACGAACAAGACGAGCUGCAGGGAAGCCCAUGGGCGCCACCUCUAUCCAACUUCACCAAUUUUCUCGCGGCAGACCCGGGGAGUAGAUGCGCGGCGCUCAAGUUUGGCGGCAUGAAUUUGGCCAUCCUGCCCUUCAAGCAGGCGGAUGAGGACAUUGAUAUGGAUGAUGACUGGGACGAGGAUCUGGAUGGCCCUCGACCUGUCAAGCAAGAAGCCGCCGUUGUAAAUGGAGGUAGCAGCAUAAAAGAGACACCCUAUUCACCAUCAUUUGUCCUCCGACUCUCCAAUCUUGAUCCAAGUCUCCUCCAUCCUGUGCAUCUGGCCUUCCUGCAUGAGUACCGAGAGCCCACCUUUGGCAUUCUCGCCUCGACUGUCAACGCCUCCAACUCCCUUGGCCGGAAAGAUCACUUGGCAUACAUGGUCUUUACCCUAGAUCUGCAGCAGCGGGCCUCGACAACCAUCCUGUCAGUCCCUGGUCUCCCGCAGGAUCUUUUCCGCGUUCAGCCUUUGCCAGCCCCCGUCGGCGGUGCUUUACUCGUGGGAGCGAAUGAGCUGAUCCACAUCGACCAGUCGGGCAAGCCGAACGGUGUAGCUGUCAACCCCCUCACAAAACAAUGCACCUCCUUUGGCCUGUCUGACCAGUCCGACCUGAACCUUCGGCUCGAGGAAUGUACCAUCGACGUCUUGUCAGCCGAGGAGCUUCUUGUCAUCCUGAGCGAUGGUCGUAUGGCGUUGGUUACCUUCAGGAUAGACGGCCGUACAGUGUCUGGUCUUGACGUCAAACUGCUCCCUUUAGAAACAGGCGGUUCUCUCAUCCCAUGCCGCGUAUCAACACUCUCAAGGAUAGGCAAGAGUGUCAUGUUUGCCGGUAGCGAGGAGGGUGACUCUCUCGUUUUUGGCUGGACAAAGAAGCAGAGUCAAUCAGGAAGAAAGAAGUCACGGCUUCAAGAUGUAGGCCUGGACAUCGAUGUGGCGGAUGAGGAGGACCUUGACGAGGACGAGGACGAAGAUGACCUUUAUGCCGAGGAACCAACACCCAAGCAACAGGCUGUCGCAGCUGCCAGCAAUGUCAAGGAAGGUGACCUCACUUUUCGAAUCCACGACCGGCUGCUGAGUAUUGCGCCCAUCCAGUCCAUGACGUACGGUCAACCCGUGGAUGCACCCGGCAGCGAGGAGGAGCAGAACUCGGCCGGCGUUCGCAGUGAACUUCAAUUGGUAUGCGGCGUAGGAAGGAAUAAGUCUUCCGCAAUGGCGAUCAUGAAUCUUGCCAUCCCACCAAAGGUUAUUGGACGCUUCGAGUUCCCUGAGGCGAGGGGAUUCUGGACAGUGUGCGCAAAGAAGCCUGUGCCAAAGUCACUGCAAGGUGACAAGGGACCCGGCGCGAUUGGAAAUGACUACGGUACCUCGGGCCAGUAUGACAAGUUCAUGAUUGUCGCUAAGGUCGACCUGGACGGCUACGAGAAAUCUGAUGUCUACGCCCUUACCGCGGCGGGCUUUGAAAGCCUCACUGGCACAGAAUUUGACCCUGCUGCCGGCUUCACCAUUGAAGCAGGCACUAUGGGCAAAGACAACAGAAUCAUUCAGGUUCUCAAAUCGGAAGUCCGCUGCUACGACGGAGAUCUGGGUCUCAGUCAGAUAGUGCCGAUGAUGGACGAAGAAACGGGAGCUGAGCCUAGAGCUACCAGUGCGAGCAUUGCCGACCCGUACUUGCUCAUCAUCCGCAACGAUCAGAGUGUUUUUAUUGCUUCGAUUCACGAAGAUAACGAGUUGGAAGAAGUAGAAAAGGAGGACAAGACGUUGGCGACCACAAAAUGGUUGACUGGAUGCCUGUACACAGACACCAAUGGUGUGUUUGGGGAAGAGUUGGGUGACAAGAAGGCUAAGCUGCCUGAGAGUAUUCUCAUGUUUCUUCUUAGCGCCAGUGGUGCUCUUUAUAUAUACCGCCUCCCUGAUCUGUGCAAGCCAGUAUAUGUAGCCGAAGGGCUCUCAUACAUUCCCACUGGGCUCUCGGCUGAUUAUGCCGCGCGAAAAGGCACAGCCAAGGAGACCGUGUCUGAAAUACUGGUGGCUGAUCUGGGUGAUACUACCGCCAAGUUCCCGUAUCUCAUUCUCCGUCACGCGAAUGAUGAUUUGACGAUGUAUGAGCCUUACCGAUAUCAACUUGGCGCUGGACUGGAAUUUCCAAAGACUUUGUUCUUCCAAAAGAUCCCCAACUCGGUGCUGGCGAAAAGCCCAGCAGAGGAAACGGACGACGAGGAGGUCACACACCAAGCGAAGUGCCUAGCGCUGCGGAGGUGCAAUAACAUCGGCGGGUAUAGCACCGUCUUCCUCCCCGGGCCGUCCCCCAGUUUCAUCAUCAAAUCAUCCAAAUCCAUGCCCAAGGUACUGCCGCUACAAGGCGCAGCAGUCACAGCCAUCAGCUCUUUUCACACUGAAGGAUGCGAACACGGGUUCAUAUAUGCCGAUUCCCACAACAUCGCAAGGGUAUCGCAGCUCCCUAAGGACUGGAGUUUCGCCGAGACUGGACUAGCGGUGAAGAAGAUACCGAUUGGUGAGGACAUCGUCGCCGUGGCAUACCACCCUCCAUCGCAGAGCUAUGUUGUAGCCUGCAAUACUCCGGAGCCUUUUGAACUCCCAAGAGAUGACGACUACCACAAGGAAUGGGCCCGCGAAGUUCUGCCUUUCAAGCCGACACUGGAGAGGGGAACGCUGAAGCUCAUCGGUCCCAUUACAUGGACUGUGGUUGACACCAUCGUUAUGGAACCCUGCGAGAAUGUGCUCUGCGUGGAGACACUUAACCUGGAAGUUUCGGAAGCCACCAACGAGCGGAAACUUCUGAUUGGUGUCGGUACCGCGAUCACAAAGGGCGAGGAUUUGCCUACCAGAGGGGCUGUUUAUGUCUACGACGUGGCUGACGUUAUCCCGGAGCCCGGGAAGCCAGAGACGGGCAAGAAGCUGAAGCUCAUUGCGAAGGAAGAUAUUCCUCGCGGUGCCGUCACGGCGCUCUCUGAGAUUGGUACUCAAGGUCUCAUGCUUGUUGCUCAGGGGCCGAAGUGCAUGGUACGUGGUCUCAAGGAAGAUGGGACCUUGCUCCCGGUAGCAUUCAUGGACAUGAACUGCUAUGUCACCAGCGCAAAGGAGCUUCCUGGGACGGGGUUGUGCCUGAUGGCUGAUGCUUUCAAGGGGGUGUGGUUUACGGGGUACACCGAGGAGCCGUACAAGAUGAUGUUGUUUGGCAAGAGCAAUACCCGACUGGAGGUAUUGAAUGCUGAUUUCUUGCCGAACGGGAAGGAGUUGUCGAUCGUGGCGUGUGAUGCGGAGGGACACAUUCAUAUUCUUCAGUUUGAUCCAGAGCACCCGAAAUCUCUCCAGGGCCAUCUGUUACUGCAUAGGACGAGUUUCAGCACAGGCGCCCACCACGUCACCAAGUCGCUUCUCUUGCCCUCGACACUGUCACCAGACAACAAGGAAGAUAACGAGGAAAAUGGAGCCACAUCACGUCCACACAUUCUGCUUCUUGCCUCUCCGACUGGCGUGUUAGCAGCUCUCCGUCCACUGUCAGAGGCGGCAUACCGGAGACUGUCGUCUCUGGCUGCUCAGUUGACGAAUUCUUUGACCCACGCGGCAGGGCUGAAUCCAAAGGGGUACAGAAUGCCGUCUGCUACUUGUCCUCCUGCUGGAGUAGAUGCUGGUAUAGGGAGACACAUUGUUGACGGCACUAUCCUAGCUCGCUUCUCGGAGUUGGGAAGGGCAAAGAGGGGAGAGGUUGCUGGCAGGGCUGGGUAUACUGGACCUGAUGAGAUCAGGGGAGAACUGGAUGGUGUGCUCAGGUGGGCGGGGCUGGAUUACUUUUAG